AUGAAUUUUGAAUGUCAAAUUUGUUUUGAAUUAUUUACAUCACCUGGAACAAAACAUGCUCCAUACUCAGCAUCAUGUGGUCAUAUUAUAGGGAAAUCAUGUAUUCAAAAAUUAAAAAAAUAUAAAUGUAAAGAUGAAUUUAAUUGUCCUUUUUGUAAUAAAAUAAUCAAAUUUGAAAAUUUUCAUCCAAUAUAUUUAAUGGGGGAUGAGAUUAUCAAUGUUAAUUCAAAUAUCUCCAAUAAAGUUUUAUCCAACAAUACUAAUAAACUAAAAGAUACGAAGAAACAAUACAAUCUUAACGAAAUAAAAUCAAUUUCUCUAAAUGAUGUUAAAAAAAUUAAUCAUAAAACUGAUUUUUUUAAUUCAGUAAUUUCUAAUUUGAAAAUUAUAGAUAAUGUUAGAAAUAAAACAUUAUUAGAAAUGUCUAAUUACCCAUUUUAUUAUGGAAAAAUUUCACGUUCAGAUGCUGAGAAUUAUCUUAAUUUAAGAGGUACUGUAGGAGAUUAUUUACUUCGUGAUUCAGAAUCACAUUUAGGAAAUUUUACAAUAAGUUUAAAAGGAAACAAAAAAAAUCGACAUUAUUUAAUUAUAUUUGAUAAUGAAACAAAUAAUUGCAUAAUUGGUAAAAGAAUUUUUGAAUCAUUUGAAUCAUUUAUUGAUUAUUUUAAACUACACCCAAUAUAUAUUUCAAGUGAUACAGAUGAACAGUUAUUUCUAAUUAAACCACUACCUAAAAACAUUGUAUAG